AUGUCUUGCCGUUUUCCCCGAGCGGCGAAGCUGGUGUUGUGCGACCUGCAGGCAGGCAGCAGUGGCAGGCAGACGGGCGUGACAAAUGGCGACAGCGACAUUCCUCAGGCGGGGGCAGGCGGCUGUAAUCGCGAGCCAGCCCUGGCGCGCGCUGCGGAGCCCGGAGAAGGCCCGCCCCGACCCUGCCUGACCGCGGCUCGGGCCCGGCCGCCUUCCCAAGCCCACAGCGGGAGCCCGAAGCCCUCGGGCCUGACUUUGAGCAAGUGCAGCUUUGAUUUGGGGAGAGGUGCCCAGCGACCACGCAGCCAGGUAAUACCUUCACAAAGCUCAAAAGAGAAAAGGUGUAAAAGUACAGCAAAAACGGUUUCUUGCCCGUUCCACUACAGCCUUCCAGAACUGUGGUUUCCCUAUGUUGGCCUGAGAGAAGUAGGCAGCUUUAUUCCUAGCACCAUCAGCCAUACCUGGUCACCUUGGUCGAAAACUGAAGUGAGGCUCUACCACUCAGUGUUGCAAGGUCUCUGCUCAGCCUCCCCUCUAGCAUCAAAGAUCCCCAGGGCCAGGGACUGUGUCCAUGAACUUGAAUCCCUGCAUCUUACGCUGGUCCUUGCACAGAUUCCAUUCUCACGGCUGCUCAUGACCACACAAUGGCCAAUGUACACUUGGAAGUGGAAGGCGAUGUCUGAGUUUUCACCCAUGCUCAUGUUGUAAUCAGCUGAGACUCUACUCAUCCCAUCUCAAGCUCUCAGCACCUGAAAUUUCCCUCUCCAGCCCUAUUUGUAAUAGCCAAAAGCCAUCAACUACACCCAUUAACAGCAGAAUAAUUUUUUUUAAUUGGUCCAUUUACCCAAGUAAAGUAAUAUGGUGACAAAAUACAGCAGAUGAAUACAGUAUAGAAAAUACAGUUUAAAAUCCAGUAAUGAGUAUGAAUGAACUUUAUGUGCAAACAAUAGAGAGCAUCUCAAUGUGGAGUUUAAAAAAAAAAAAAACUGGGCACAAAAGAGUACAUAUUGAACUGGUGCCCACCCAAAUGCACCAACCAGGGUGCCCACUACUGCUUCUGGCACUGCAAGUGCUGCCCAGGGACCUGAGGAAUGGCCUGCCUGACCUGCUGCCGCCACUGCUAGUGCCCACACCCAUCACCUGGGGGCCUGAGGACCAGACUGCCCGUGCCCUCCCACCCCCGCCACUGCCAGCAUCCACAGUCGCUGCCUGGGGGCCUGAGGACUGGUACGGUGGGCCUGCUGCUGCCACCACCAGUGCCCAUGUGUGGCACCCUGGGGCCCAACAAGCAGCCCACCUGUUGUUAAUAUCCCGAGCAAAGCCUCACCAGUUUCCACCACUAACAACCACAGUUUAAACCAUUGAAAAAUACAGACACUGCCGACAUAAAUUAUAGCAAAGAGAUCAUAUGAAGACUACAUUGUUGCCUCUAUCAAAGCCAAAACACCCUACUCGACCAAAACUAUAAAUACAUCUACAAGAAAAAGUUUCUUUGUGAAAGCCAGUUCAUAAAAUUGGAAGAAGCAACUGUUACAACAAAUGCACAGAUAUGACAGAAAGACACAAGAAACAUGAAAAAAGCAAGGAAAUAUGAUACUCCAAAGGAAUACUGUAAUUCUCCAGUACCGGAUCUUAAAGAAAAGAAAAUCUAUGAAAGGCCCAGAAAGGAAUUCAAAACAGUUAUCUCAAGGAAACAACAAAAUAUGAGAGAACACAGCCAAUACCAAGAAAUCAGGGAAACAAUCAUGACCUGAAUGUAUCCAUGUCAGUAAAAAAGAUGGAUAUAAUAAAAAGAGCCAAACCCCUAAAAUAAUCUAGUUAUUCAUGUCUCGAAAAAAAGUGAACUGAGUGUUCUGGGUCCCCCGAGGCCCCCUUGAGUGGCUUUUUCCUUCACUUGGAAUAAAAUCCAAA